CUAGUGAUGAUCCACGACCGCUCCCGUCUGCCGGACGUCAACUCGGACGGAGUUUACAUCCCUGUCGGGAUGACAACCUAUGUGGGAUUCUCAAUGAAGAAGGUCAACCUCCUGGGUAAACCUUUCGACUCGAACUGCCAUACCUCGUGGCCAAAGGGCGAGCCGUACAAUGCCUUUCUGGCGAAGGACGAUAAGUACUCAGAGCAGGCCUGUCGAAAAGUUUGCCUACACUACAACAUCAUGAAAGAAUGCGAGUGCCUCGAUCUAUACAAAGGCGUCGAUUAUCAACAGAUGCUCGACAGCGACGCCAUAUGCGUGGACGAGGUUUCCAAACGCUGCCGUGAGAAGAAAAUUGAAGAUCCCGAAUCCACGAUGAAGGUCUGUAACUGUCCGAAGCGCUGCGAGGACGUGCAGAUCACAACGACGGUCUCUCAGAUGGCGUGGAACACGAGAAUAAUUGGCGUGAACCCAACGGCGAUGACCACCGCGAAUUUGGUGCUCUACGCCGACGGUUUUGCCAUCAGUAACAUAAUCGAGAGUCAGGAGAUUACGGCGACCGCGGCGCUCUCGACAGUCGGCGGCUUCAUGAAUAUGUUUACUGGAGCGUCGUUCCUGCUCAUCUACGAAGCGAUCAGCAUCCUGGCGAUUUGGUUGUAUAAAGUUUUCACCAUGAAGCCCUCACAUGAUCUCGGAACCAUGGACUAUUGA